AUGUCUCCCGAAGGUGAAUUAAUUGACCUGGAUAAUUCUGCUCAAAUAUUUAAUGCAUUGUCAGAUGUUCCAGGAGAUGUUCAAGAUGUUGAUGAACUGAUUGAAAUCUCUUUUCGUAUAGCAAUCUCUCUAACAGACAUGAUUGUGGAGACUCACCGCCGUAAACACUUGGCUUAUCUAAUGGCAGAUCAGGGAACCAUUGUAAAUCCAGAGUCAGCAAAGAAUUUACCCAAACAGCAAUUAAACAAACGUCAUUUACGUCGCUCAAGGUCUCUUGUCUCCUUGUUGUUGUGGGGAAAUGAAGAAGAGGAAGACUUAGGUAAAGCAAAAAAUAUUCGCCAGACAGAACUACUUGUAGAUUUGCGAGAAGCAAUUUUGCAAGUGGCACGGCACUUUCAAUCCGUUGACCCCAAGAAUAACAAGCUGAUUAGUACUGCUGAUAGUCAUGGUAGCUAUUGGAUGCGGAAAUCUAUAUCUAGUGAUGAUGAAGAAUCAAACAAAGCCAACAGAGAUGGUCUAAGAAGUAAUUUGAACCAGGCAGAUUAUUCCAUGGAGAGUCACGCUCGAGACUUAGAAAAUUAUGUCAACGUAGCCCGCAACAGACGGCGUAGGGCAAAAGCAUUGCUUGAUUUUGAAAGACAUGAUGAUGAUGAACUUGGAUUUCGAAAGAAUGACAUCAUAACUAUAAUCUCCCAAAAGGAUGAACACUGCUGGGUUGGGGAGCUAAAUGGACUUCGUGGUUGGUUCCCAGCUAAGUUUGUAGAAUUGCUAGAUGAACGUAGCAAGAACUAUUCUUCUGCAGGAGAUGAUAGUGUCACUGAGGCAAUAACUGACAUUGUCCGUGGAACAUUGUGUCCAGCUCUAAAGGCUGUUUUUGAACAUGGUUUGAAAAGAUCAUCAAUCUUAGGAGGCACAUGCCAUCCUUGGCUUUUUAUUGAAGAAGCAGCAACACGAGAGGUUGAAAAAGAUUUUCAGUCUGUUUAUUCAAGAUUGGUUCUUUGCAAAACUUACCGAUUAGAUGAAGAUGGUAAAGUACUCACUCCAGAGGAAAUACUUUACAGGGCUGUACAAGCAGUCAACCUUGGCCAUGACCAGUGUCAUGCUCAGAUGGAUGUCAAAUUCCGUUCCAUCAUUUGUUGUGGACUUAAUGAACAAGUAUUGCAUCUAUGGUUAGAAACAUUAUGUUCUUGCCUUGAUGUUGUGGAAAAAUGGUAUCAUCCCUGGUCAUUUCUUAGGAGCCCUGGCUGGGUACAGAUCAAAUGUGAACUAAGGAUUUUGUCCCAAUUUGCAUUCAACCUCUCACUUGACUGGGAGCUGCCAAAAAAGAAAGUUCCCCCAGAUGGUCUACGAGAAGGAGUGCGUGAUAUGUUAAUCAAACACCAUCUUUUCAGUUGGGACUUAUAG